AUGGUGACCGUUAGCGAGUCCGCGCGCGAAGGAUUCGACGAUGUCUUGGGUAGUGGCGGCAUCUUUCGCAAGGUGCUCACCGUGAACACCGACGGCAUUCAAGCAGAGUUUGGCGAAGAAGUGGGUAUCAAAUAUUCGACGUGGGUACUCAAAUCGAACCAGAAAGUCGCAGCCAAUGAGGUUCGAAAAUUUCGGAUCGGGGAUGGCGAAGUGGUGCCAGCACUUGAGCUGGUGGCCAAGAUGAUGCACGUCGGAGAAGUGUGUGAGGUGCGUUGCGAUGCCCGGUUUGCCUAUGGGGACACGGGGCUGGAACCGCACGUGGCUCCUGGAGCAGAGAUGAAGUUUGUAGUGGAGCUCUGCCGCGUGGGUAAAAAGAUCACGGCCGAGAUGAGUUCUCAGGAGCUCAUUGUAGAAGCGACGCAGAAGAAAGAGAGUGGUAAUCGUUACUAUAAGGAGAAGAACUAUGAGCAGGCAGCUAAGAUGUACAAGCGAGCGCUGAAGUUGCUCGAGUCGUGGGAACACUCGGAGGAAGAUGCAGUGCAGUGCAAAGAGUUGCUAGUGGCGUUGGGAAACAAUGUGGGCAACGUGCAGCACAAGCUGAAGCAGUAUAAGGAGGCGCGGCAGUCGAGCUUGGAGGUGCUGCAGUUCGAUGGAAAGAAUGUAAAGGCCAUGUACCGCAUUGGCCAAAUCGCGCUGGACCAGAACGAGUUUGAGGAAGCCAAUACGUUCUUGCGCAAGGCAGUGGAGAUGGAACCAAGGAAUGGUAAAGUGCGUCAACUGCUGGUGCAGCUGAAGACGAAGAAACGCGACCAGAAAGCCUUGGAGAGGAAGCUGUAUGCAAAGCUGGGGGGCAACCAGGCAACGGGAAACGUGGAGACGAGUAAGAUUGCUGCGCUGGUGGCACGUGCCAGGCAGCAUCCAUUGCUUAUCGCUGCAGUGGCGACUGCCAUCAUCGCGAUCCUCAUAAUUGCGUACGUUGGGAAGUCAGACUACGAGACCAGCAGCAUCGACGACAUCAGUGACGAUAACGAGGCGGAUCAGUUUGCUGUGUAG